AGCGCGAAAACAUUCAAAAGUACACAAAACGUCUCGCAAAACAGUGACUCAUCUUGCAAAAUCGAAUUAUUUCCAAAUUAUUUCGGUACAGUGGCAAAAAUCAACCGUAAUUUCGGCAUAUUUAUUUUCUAUAUUCUUCUGUGUCCAUAAAAGCUAGCAAAACGGGGAACGACAUGUCUGUCUCGGCGAUGGAAAAGCAUAUGUUUAAUUUAAAAUUUGCGGUCAAGGAUCUGGAACGGCAGGCGAAAAAGUCUGAGAAAGAGGAAAAAGCCGAAAUCCUCAAGACAAAGAAGGCAAUCCAAAAGGGCAACACGGAAGUGGCCCGCAUCCACGCAGAGAAUGCCAUCCGGCAAAAGAACCAAUCGCUAAACUAUCUCCGGAUGAGCGCCCGGGUGGAUGCCGUUGCGAGUCGAGUUCAAACUGCGCUGACCACUCGCCAGGUCACCAACUCGAUGGCGGGCGUCGUGAAGGCCAUGGACGCCGCUAUGAAGGGAAUGAAUCUGGAGAAAAUCUCCGGCUUGAUGGACAAAUUCGAGUCGCAGUUCGAGGACUUGGACGUCCAGAGCUCGUACAUGGAGAACACGAUGUCGCAGACGACGACGACGGCGGUACCGCAGAACGACGUCGAAUCGCUGAUGCAGCGGGUGGCCGAUGAGGCUGGCCUGGAGUUGAACAUGGAACUCCCAAGUGGACCCGCAUCGUCUGCGAUCGGAGCGUCGACGCAGGCAUCGACCGAACAGGACGAGCUAACCGCUCGUCUGGCGAGACUCCGCCAGGCGGAGUAAGUAGCAGGCGAUUCAACGGAAAGAAACAAUAAUUUGCACGCUCAUUUUAUAACUUUUCAAACCCGGCGGUGAGUCACAUUGGGAAGACGGAAACGUUUCUUUUUUGGAUAGGAAAAGUUAUGCAAAAGCAUUGUAGUAAGUUGGUUUUGUGACUCGAAAAAAAAUGCUUUCAGGAUGAAUAUAUUUAUAAGGCUCUUUAUGUUUAUACUCUGUUGUUCAUACACUUCA